CUGAUUGGUAGAUGGCGGUCUUAGUGACGCCACACCGGAAGUUUCCCGAGCGGAUCGUCUGGACAGCAGCAGCUGUGUAGCUAACCAUUUACAAUAACCAUGACAAGAGCUGUAGCCCAGUACACCGCAUUAAUUCAGGACUGGACCAUGUGGUGAUGAUCGCUAUGCCAUGCAGAGGAGACACAGCAGCAACACGGAUGGCAUGCCCUCUGAAAGGAGCCGAAGCCAAACUCUGGGAUCAGAAAGCAGCCUGGAUGAGGGUGGUGUGUUUGACUGCCUGAAGCCUGACUCGCCCGCUUCUCCCCAGCAGAUCUUCUCAGGCCUUGUCGGUGUCCCCUCCAGCUCUGUCUCCUCUGCCCAAUUCCAGGCAGCCGGCUUAGUCUUGGGCUCUCCCCCUGAAGUUUUUAUCCAGAUGACAGCAUCAUCCAGAGAAGAAGGGGGUCCCCAUCGGACAGAGGGUGGACCUUUUCUCCCUCGGCCUCCUCAGCACCAUCAUCACCAUCACCACUUCCACCACCAGCCCCUGCAGCACAGGACCUCGUCCCUGCUCCAGCAGGCUACCACAGCAGCUGGCUCAGAAAGGCAUAGCUCCAGGGAGGAGGCCCAGGAAGACCAGUCCACCCCGGCCCCAGCUUUGUCUGAGUUGAAAGCAGUGGUCACCUGGCUACAGAGAGGCUUCCCCUUCAUCCUUAUUUUGUUGGCUAAAGUCUGCUUUCAGCAUAAACUAGGAAUUGCUGUCUGUGUGGGGAUGGCCAGCACGUUUGCCUAUGCCAAUUCCACUUUAAGGCACCAAGUAUCAUUACGGGAGGAACGUUCUGUAUUUGUUGCUCUAUGGAUCAUCAUGUUCCUUGGAGGGAACAUCGUGUAUAUCUACUACACAUUUAGUCAUGAAGAGCUGCACAACAGCCUCAUAUUUGCCAAGCCCAUCCUCAACAGCUUUGAUUUCUUUGAUCUGAUCUGGGCAGUGGGCAUCACAGAUUUUGUACUUAAGUACGUCACCAUCAUCCUGAAAUGCUUUGUCCUCUUUCUGCCUAAGAUUCUCCUGGCAUUCAAAUCCAGGGGUAAGUUCUACCUGCUGAUCGAGGAGCUGAGCCAGCUGUUUCGAGCUCUUGUUCCCAUCCAGUUGUGGUACAAGUACAUCAUGGGAGAAGACCCCUCAAACAGUUACUUCCUGGGAGCCACACUCAUCAUCAUCUACAGCCUCUGCAAGUCCUUUGACAUCUGCGGACGUAUAUCUGCAAUACGCAAGGCCUUGGUCAUGCUCUGCAGCUCCCAGAGUUAUGGAGUGAGAGCUGGCAGUCAACAGUGCAGCGAGGCAGGUGAUGUCUGUGCUAUUUGUCAGGCUGAUUUUAGAGACCCCAUUGCACUUCUCUGUCAGCACGUGUUCUGCGAGGAAUGCCUGUGUUUGUGGUUCGAUCGUGAGAGAACGUGUCCACUGUGUCGGUCUACUGUCAUUGAGACCCUGAGAUGCUGGAAGGAUGGCACCACCUCAGCUCACUUCCAAAUUUACUAAGUUCUAACAAUAUAUCAUGAGCAUCCAGAGAUAUGUAAUUGUACUUUGAAGCAAGGUAAACAGUGAUGUUUCUGUAAAUGUCUAAUCAGGCCAGGAAUAAUUGGGGUAAUACAUGAUAUAUUGGGGACGUUAAAUUUAUAGGCAUUUGAGAAGGCCAUAAUCGAAUAUAUUUAAAAACAAUCAUUUCCUAUACAGCCUGUGAUUGAGGCCACAUGUUUAAAGAAAUUAUCAGUGUGGUAAAGGAACAUAAACUUGAGCUCAAUUUCAAUGGUUUGCUACUGUUGUAAUCUAUGGGUAACUUUUUAUUUGACUUUUAAUAUAAGAGUUUGUUUUAAGUGCGGUUAUAAUGUAAAACGUGACAGAAUAUACGCUCCGAGUUGUCUUUACAAUUUCAUCACAUGUAUUGAUUUAGUUCUACAAAUGGACUUUAUUUGAAAAUGAAAUGUCUCAGAAUGAUUCUUAAUGGAAAAUCAGUUUGUACUCUUUAGGUAGAAGACGUUGUGGUCGGUAAAACAUAAGCAUGUUUAGAUA